AUGUUCUGCGCGGCAAAGCGAUACUCUUACACUGAAGCACGGUUGGGCACGGUUGGUACUCUUACGCUGUUCAAGGAGCUGCUGAUCCCCACGUUUGCCGCGUGCACGGUGUUAGGAGACUAUGGCGUGUCGAGCGCUGAAGAUGCGCUGCCGACGCUCUGGGAGCAGCUUCCGUCGGUGGCUGUGGUGGGAGGUCAGAGUUCGGGCAAAUCGUCGGUGCUAGAGAGCAUUGUGGGAAAGGAUUUUCUUCCUCGAGGGUCAGGUAUUGUCACACGGCGGCCACUGGUGCUGCAGCUGCACAAGGUGGACUCAGCAUCCGAGUACGCGGAGUUCUUGCACCAGCCGGGCAAGAAGUACACUGACUGGGCUGCCGUGAGAAAGGAGGUUGCAGAUGAGACUGAUCGAAUCACUGGGAAGACCAAGAUGAUCUCGCCUGUUCCCAUCCAUCUCAGCAUCUACUCUCCCAAUGUGGUGAAUCUGACCCUGGUGGAUCUGCCCGGGCUCACAAAGAUUGCCGUGGAGGGCCAAUCGGAGAGCAUUGUGCGGGACAUUGAGGACAUGGUUCGGCAGUAUGUGGAGAAGCCCAAUUGCAUCAUCCUGGCAGUAUCGCCCGCCAAUCAAGACAUUGCCACCUCAGAUGCUAUGCGCAUGGCCAGAGAGGUCGACCCUGAGGGUGAGAGGACAUGGGGUGUGCUCACGAAGCUUGACCUGAUGGACAAGGGCACCAACGCACUUGAUGUGCUAGAGGGGCGCGCGUACAAGCUCAAGUACCCAUGGGUGGGCGUGGUGAACCGCUCUCAGGCCGACAUCAACCGCAACGUGGACAUGCUGGCAUCCCGGCGCAAGGAGAGAGAGUACUUCCAGACGUCUGCUGACUAUUCUCAUCUCGCAAAUCGCAUGGGCACUGAGUACCUCGCCAAGAUGCUCUCCAAGCAUCUGGAGCAAGUCAUUCGCUCCAAGAUCCCGGGCAUCCAGUCGCUCAUCAACAACAACAUUGACGACCUUGAGAAGGAGAUGAAUGCACUGGGCCGGCCCAUCGGGGGUGAAGCGGGGGCGCAGCUAUACACGGUGCUGGAGAUGUGUCGAGCAUUUGACAAGAUAUUCAAGGAGCACUUGGACGGCGGUCGACCGGGGGGUGAUCGAAUCAACGCUGUGUUUGAGACGAAGCUGCCAGCAGCACUGAACAAGCUCCCUUUCGACAAGCACCUCUCCAUCCAGAAUGUGAGGCGGAUUGUGGCGGAGGCAGACGGGUACCAGCCGCAUCUGAUCGCUCCUGAGGGCGGAUACCGGCGCCUUAUCGAGAGCGCGCUGCUCAUGUUCAAGGGGCCGGCAGAAGCAGUGGUGGACGAGGUGCACUUCAUUCUCAGGGACCUCGUUCGCAUCUCUGUAGGGGAGACUACAGAGCUGCUGCGGUUCCCUUCGCUCCAGGCUGAGCUGUCAGCUGCUGCCACGCAGUCGCUGGAGAGUUUUCGGGAGAACAGCCGGAAGCUGACCGUUCGAAUGGUGGAGAUGGAGACGAGUUAUCUGACCGUGGAGUUUUUUCGGCGGCUGCCCGGGCUUGAGAAUCUUGACGAGGCGAUGGAUGGGAAGGAGGGGAAGAAGGGGAGUGGGAGCGGCAUUAGUAGCAAGAUCAAGGCGUUGAAGGGUAGUGGAGACAGGCUGCCUACAGGGGCGGACAGAUACCAGGAAAUGCACUUCAGGAGAAUUGGCUCCAAUGUGUCAACCUACGUGGGUAUGGUCAUGGAGUGUUUACAGAACUCCAUUCCCAAGGCUGUGGUGCACUGCCAGGUCCGGGAAGCCAAGCGGCGGCUGCUGGACCAAUUCUAUGCGAUAGUGGGCAGGGAGGAUGGGAAGGCGCUGGGGAAGCUGUUGGAUGAGGAUCCGGACGUGAUGGCUCGGAGGCAGGCUGCGUGGAAGAGACUGGAGCUGCUGCGCAAGGCACGGAAUGAGAUUGACAGUGUUGGAUGGGCCCCAGUCGUGACGCGGUCGCCGAUGUCGUUCUUAGAAGCGCGCCAGGCGCUCGAUAGGUCGCUCGGGUCGCCUGCGUGGACGGAUCGCGAUGCCGUCGCGGCUGCUGUCAGGCGGCACCUGGUAGCGGAUUGCGAGGAGCAAAAUGGCAGCACCAAACUAGGCGCAAGCAGCAACGUUCUCGGGGAGUCCAAUAAGGGGAACAUUAUCCCGGACGUUACUAACACUGGCGGUGCUGGCGACGAUGCCGCGGGGAAGCCAGCGCGUUGCGCGCGGUUCUCGGAGAAAUUCGUCGAGGCGCGAACGCGCGAGUUAGUCGACGUGUUGGACAGCCUGCGCACCGCGGGAGAGGCGAAUCUCGAGUCGCUCGCGCUGAGCAGCGAGAGUAUCCGGGAGGACGGCGUGGAUUGCGGCGACGACCGACAAUGGCGGUUGAAGGAGGAGGGGAAGGAGCACCGAGUGCUGUACCGCAAGGGUCCUGAGGGCACGCCGCUGCACGAGAUCUGCCUGGAAGGAAUCAUCCACGGCCCGCUUGACACCUUGCUGGCUGUGGUAUGGGAGGUCCCCUUUUUUAAGGACUGGUGGCCUCAGUUCAGCGUGCCGCCUUUCAAGGUGCUAGAGUCCAAAUUCGCCCACCGCAUUGCACCGGGGCUUGAGCUCAGCUAUCUACAGUUCAAGUCGCCAUGGCCCUUUGCCACGCGAGAGCUGCUCUUUUUCGCCUUCAUGGUUCAUGACAUGGCCACGGGUCUCUUUGUCGCCUCUGUGCACUCGCCACCUGAUGACAUAUCACACAUGGACCCUGAGACAGCCGUUUUGCACCCAUCCGCCGUGCCCCCUGUGGCGCCGGGCUGUGUGCGCAUGACUGUGGGCGGUGGAUUUGCAGGGCAGGACCUGGGGGGUGGUCGCUGCUACUUCCGUGGUGCAUGCACGCUGGAUAUGAAGUUCGACCUCAUGCCCCCAUGGCUCAUUAACUUCGUCGCCAGGCAACUAGCAGGUUCUGGUUACCACCUGCUCUGUCACGAAGUAGACACCAUUGUGGAAGCCACGGCUGCUGCUGCUGCUGCUGCUGCCGGUGGGAAGUGUGACAAGAAGAAGGGGCGCGGGGCGUUUCAGCAGCUUCUGGCCUCCGAUCCAGUCUAUGCAGCCGCAGCAGCAGAAGCGGGUUCUUCAGAUUCUCUAGGCGAUGCCAAGCAUGAGAAGCAGGUCACAAGCAAGACUGCUGCAACUGGGACCAAGAGAGAAGCCUUGAGUUGCGCACCUUCUUCACAGCCAGAUGGUUUCCAAAAGGAGGUGGUGGUGCUGGAUGAUGGGGGGAAGACGGGGAACAAUACACUCUUGGGCAGUUCUGUGGGGCCAGUCAAGUCUGCUGCUCGGCCUGUCGCAGUUACAGGAGAGUCGGGUGCGGGUGACAAAGAUGCUGCACUGGGAUGCUUAGAAAAUGGGCAUGCUGGUAAGGCAGGAAAGCUGAAAGGCCAAGCCAUGGCGCUAGCGGAAGGCAUCGACUUACUCGAUCAGGCUCUCGAGGAGCCCACGUGGAAAGACCUCGAUAAAGUCACGGCUCUUAUAAGCAAGCAGCUGGACGUAAAAAACGGCUCAGCAGCGGCAGCAGGAGGAUCGAGCAACAGCGUGGCGGACUAUUGGGCUGCGGAGACCGUUAAGCUGCUGGAGGAUCUUAAGAGUGUCAGCGUGGAGGCUCUCGCUACUACCGAUCCUGCGGACCGCAAUGCGUGGAAGAUGUGCGAGGAGGGUCCGGAGCACCGCGCGAUGCUGCGCAAGGGCCCGGAAGGCACGGCGAUAAACGCGCUGUGCAUGGAGGGGCGCAUCGACAGCCCCGUGCACGCCGCUGUCGCCAUGACGCGCGACGCGGGGUUCUUCAAGGAGUGGUGGCCGCAGGGCGACAUGCCCGUCUACCGCAUCGUGGAGAAUCGGUAUCUCGCGCGCGUCGGCGACGGCUUCGAUAUUACCUACAUGAAGUUCAAGGUGCCGUGGCCGUUCCCAUGGCAGGAGUUCGCGAUGAUCUUCUUUACCAUCUACGACUCGGACACGGGCGUCGCCACCACCGUCGUCCGCACGCUUCCAGAGGACAACAGCGAAAUCGACGCAUCCAUUCACGGCUUCUCCCGCGACAUGGCGCCGCCAGUCCCCUCGGGAAUGGUUCGCAUGGCCAUCAACGGCGGAUUCUCCAUCAAGGAUCUGGGCCGUUCGCGCUGCCACUUCCGGUCGAUCUUCACCUGUGAUCUGAAGCUCCCAGCAAUGGUGGUGAAUUUCGUUACCAAGGAGUUCGGAGGGGUGCUGUUCAAUCUGUUUAGGAAGGAGGUGGAGACGGAUUUGGCGGAUGAGGGGCAAAAGGGGGUGGAGUUUAGGAAGGUUCUCAAAGAGGAGAAGCUGUAUGGCCGGAUUGAAGCAGCUAUGGAUGAGUACAGGGCGAAGGCGGCCGGAGGAUUGGGGAUGGAGGAGGAGGUGUUUGAAGACGCAGAGGAUCAGCUCCUGGUUACACUAGAAGACUCAGAGACUGCCGCUUACCCCCAGCAGAAGCAGCACCCUCAUCCUCCUGUUCCUCCUGCGUAUGCCCCCUUCUCAUCCCAAGACCCGGCUAUCGCUGCAGCCUUUGCAGCAGCAGCCGCGCUAGCAGGCGCAGGUGGGACUGGGGCAGGUGGUAACCCUGUGGUUGGGUCUGCUAGCUCCGGUGCUGCCGAGCCUGCUCUGACCCCGGACGUGCUCCAAGCUAUGGCGACCCUAGAGCAGGCGUUAGAGUCUCUGCGUGCCCGCACCUCUGCUGCCCUCUCUGCUGCUGCUCACGCCGGCGGACCAGGAGGAGGGAUGUACCCCGGACAGUAUGGUCACGCCUAUCCUCCUCCUCCCCACCCUGCCUAUGGUGCUGUGCCCGGGUAUGGGCCAGUGGUGGCGGGAAAGGGUGGCAGGUUUGUGGGUGCUCCGCUGCCGAAUCCUCAGCUGCUGCCGUAUUAUGCCGCCCCGUUCCCGCCCAAUGAGAUGCAGCGGUUCGCCGGGCCGGUCCCUGUGGUUGGGAGGAUGGACGGGUAUGGAAGGGUUUCCGGUCGGCGGGUGAAUGGAGCGAGAGGGGGAGGCGGGAGGUAUAAGGGCGAGGGAGGAGUGAUGGUUGCGCCUGGGAAGGGAGGAAUGGGCGGAAGGGGAGGAGGAGAGGGAGGAGGAGGCGGGAAGAUGAGCAGGAAUGGGAAGCUGCAGCCUCCGUUCCAUCCCUCACAGCAACAGAUGAUGGUGUCUCGAUCCGCCUCCGGGAAAGGAGGAGGGGUUACUGGAAAAGCAGGAGCAGGAACAGGGAAGGUUGCUACAGCAGAAGCGGCUGCUACAGCUGCUGCCGCUCCUGCUACAACAUCAACCCUCUGGUCGGCAGCUUCAGCCCUGUUUGGGCUUGCCACGUGUUGCACUGCCACUGGCCUGAGAAACGCCGAGGCGGCAGGGUAUGUUCUUCCGGAAGAGUUGCCGUCCGAGAGGUGGCGUGAUGAUGACGAGGAUGACUAUAACGAGUAUGAUUCCGAGGAGGAUGAUGAGGAAGAUGAGGGGUAUUAUGAAGGGUACGGAGGUGGUAUGAAUGGUGUUCCUGGGGGUUAUGGAAAUGGAGGGUAUGGGAAUGGGGUGUAUGGCUCUGGUGCUUAUGGCGAUGGUGGUUAUGGGGGAAACGGUGGAGGUAGAUUGGUGGAUGAAAGGCAGGCGGAGGGGGGGGUGGCGGAGGCCGUGAGUGGCGCCCGCGGGGAGGCGGCGGCGGAGGCGGAAGGCAAGGACGGGGGGGCGGAAGGAGGGGUGGCGGGGGGCCUUCUGGGGGAGACAGUUGGGGCGACGGCGCGGCGACAGGCAGAGGGGGAACAGGCGGAGGAGGAAGAGGCGGAAGGGGCGACGGGGAUGGUUGGGGUGGCGGAGGGAGGGGGGGGCGUGGCGGAAGCGGCGGAAGGUAUGGCGGAGGGGAUCAGCGCGGCUGGCGGGGGGACGGCGGAGGCGGACGGCAAGGACGGGGAGGCGGAAGUUAUGGCGGAAGAUGGGGCGGAGGAGGCGGACGAGGGGGGAGAAAUUAUCAGCAGCAAGCGGAGCAGCAGGAGGAGCAGCAAGUUGGGCAAACAGCGAUCAGCAGCUUCUGUAGCAGUUGAUGCAAUGGAUGCAAGGGCAAGUGGUGAUGCAGGUAACAUGGCAACAGGUGAUUUUACAGGAUCAACAGCGGCUGUAGCAGUGCCUGCAGCAUCAACGGCUGUAGCAGCAGCCCAAGAGGAGGAGGAGCCGUUUUUGUCGUAUCUGCCACAGGAUGAGAUUCUGGCAGGUGGAGUAUGCAGGAUGGGAGGCUUGGUGGGAGGUUUGGACGGAGGCUUGGAGGGAGGUUCGGAGGGAGGCCUGGUGGGAGGUUCGGCAGCAGGUCUGGCUGGCGUGGAUUCUGGGGAGACGCAGAGGAUGGUUGAUCGGACGGUGGAGAGGCUUCGAGAGAUGCUGAGAUUGCCAGCUAAGCAGUUCUGGAGAACAGUUGCUCGUACGCCGUCGCUCGUGGCGUUCUUGGAUUCCUAUCUUCGCUUCCGCUCGCGAUGGUUCGAUCUUCUCCUCUCUGCCGCUGCUGCUACUGAAACUGGUGGACCUUCGAGAACAGCAGGAGCAGACGGACAACAGCAUCUUCAUCUCUACGCUUAUGCAACCCUCUUCCCUCUUCCCACACUACUCUCGUCCUGCAAUGCAAGGGUUCCUCCUCUCUUUAUUGCCCCAAUGUUCCAGCUCUCCUUUAAUCUCGUUUCUUCUCCCCUGCGUGCUGCUAUCAGGUCGUCUAAUGUUGAGUCCAGAGCCAAACCAUCGGAGCAGCUGCAAGCCAAGGACCAUGCACACCUGCUUCUCUCCAUGCGCCUCUUUGACGCACCAAAGCUCAUGGACGUGGCUGCUGUCUUUGGGAAGGCCAACCCCGCUGCAACGCAGCAGCUGACGAAGCUGGAGGAAGUUGCUUGGAAGUAUGUCUGGGGCGCGUAUCUUGGAGGAAGGGGGUGUGCCCGAGCUGCUGCUGCUGCUGCUGCUGCUGGUGGUACUGGUGGUGGUGGUACUGGUGGUGGUGGUACUGGUGGUGGUGGUACUGGUGGUGGUGGUACUGGUGGUGGUGGUACUGGUGGUGGUGGUACUGGUGGUGGUGGUACUGGUGGUGGUGGUACUGGUGGUGGUGGUACUGGUGGUGGUGGUACUGGUGGUGGUGGUACUGGUGGUGGUGGUACUGGUGGUGGUGGUACUGGUGGUGGUGGUACUGGUGGUGACAAUGCUGCUGGCACUGGUGGUGUCAAGCCGGGCAGGGGAAAACAUUCAGGGUGCCCGUUGUGGGAUGGGCUGCCUGGGCAGAAAAUGAAUCUCGGGCAAUUGCUGCUGGAAGAGAUUCUUGCAGUGCAUGGAGUGAGCUCGGGCUGCUCGGGCAGCUCGGGCAGCAAAGAUGUGGAUGGUGUGGCGUGGAUCCCGCUGCUUCGGGCAGUUGAUGCUUCUUUUGGGCUUCGGUCAGCAAUCUAUGAAGAGAAAAUGAAAGGCAAGCUUCCCCUCGACAACACGCAGUUUGAUACGAUCUCCGACAUUAUAGGCCCUCCAAUCACCCUACCACCACCCCUCACUUCCUCCUCCUCGGACCCAUCCACUACCAGCAAUACCACAGCAGCCAAUCACCCCCCAACAGCAGAAGACUUCCCUUCCCUCACUCCCUCACUCUCUUCCUCCGCUGAUGCUGAGUCAGCAGCCCUCGAGCAGUCCAAAAUCUCGCUCGUGCGGGAUAUUUUCCCGGAUUUCGGGGAGGGGUUCGUGGGUGCGUGUUUGGAGGUGUACGGGGGGGAUGCAGAAGCGGUGAUUCAGCAUGUUCUGGAGGGGAGUUUACACCCGGACUUAGCUAAGCUAGACACUCAGUUGAAAGUCAAGCCAGGGAAGGCUGGUGUGGGUGGUAAGGGGGAUGCUGCUGCUGCUGCUGCUGCUGCUGCUGCUGGUGCUACUGGUGCUGCUGGUGCUGUUAGUGCUGCUGGUAGUGAUGCUACAGCUGCAUCUGCUGCUGCUCCUGCUGGUAGGUUCGUCCGGAGCAAGAGGGAGGACGAGUCAGUGGAGGAGGAGGUUUGGAAGAGAGGUUCGGCGGCAGGCACGGGGAGCAGGAGGGAGCAGGAGGCGGUGAAGCGGUUUGUGUUUGAGUCGCAGUUUGAGUACGACGAUGAGUAUGACGACUCGUUUGAUGAGCUGGAAGGGUAUGACGUGGCAGGAGGUGCGGGGAGCAGUGAGGUGGAGGAGGUGGUCUAG